GAGCCGGGCUGCCCGGAAGAGGAAGGCGGAAGUCAUUUCGGGCGGGUCCGCAGCGCAGGGUUUGGUUCUGGCGCCCGAACCCCAGCGCCGGUUGUUAUAUCUCGGUUCCCCAGAUCGAGUCCCAGGGCUCGCCUCUCCCCCCCCCCCCCCCACCACCACCACCCUCCUCUCCCCAUGGCGGCCGACGAGGACAUGAGGUUCAAUGUGCUGCUCAAUGACAUCUCCCAGAACCUGUCCCAGGACAACCUCAGCUCCCUGAAGUUCCUGUGCAGGGACCACAUCGGCAAGAGGAAGCAGGAGACGCUGGGGAGCGGCAUCCAGCUCUUCCAGAUGCUGGGGGAGCUCAGCCUCUUCUCCCGCGAAGACACCACCUUCCUGGGCCAGCUCCUGAGGAGCAUCAAGAGGCCCGACCUGGAGGCGAGGCUGUCUGCCUUCCACAGGGGGGCUGAGCAGCUCCAGCAACCCAUGAGUGAAGUCGGGGCGAACUCGGGUGAUCUGGAUGUUGCAAUUGAUGUAAUUUAUAACAACAUUGGAAGAGAUUGGCGGAUGUUUGCAAGAAAGCUUGGAUUCAAAGAUGCUCGCCUUCAGGAAAUUGAAUACAAAUAUCCGCGUGACAUGCGACUUCAGAUUCUGAGCACUCUGACGGAAUGGCAGGAGAAAAAGGGGCAAGAAGCCGCUGUGGACAGUCUGGUGGCCACCCUCCGGAGCUGCAGACUGAACAUGAUCGCAGAUUGUGUGGAAGAGGAGGUGAACAAGAAUAGUUGACUUUUAAGCAGAGAAUUAACCUCAACUGCAACUUACUAUGUUGCGGAAAUACUCUAAGCAUCCAAAGCAAAUUAUGUAAUUCCUUUGAAAGUUGAAGCUAUUCCUUCUGUCAGUUGAUGAUCUGUUCCCAGUUCUGUGAUUGGUGUCGGGGUUCUGCAUUUUCUUGAUCAUGACUGUGCUUGGGGUUACCAGAGUGAAGGAUCCAUUCCCAACAUGGGCUGACACUGCUCUAGGCUUCACUUCAAGAACCAACCUCUCGAAGCAUAGAUUGAAGUCCCAUACUACAUUUGGAUGCAAAUCAAUAUCAUUGUCUCCUCUAGAACUUCUUGUAACCUUCAGGUGAUGCCAUGAUCUACUUGCCCUGGCCACAUGGAGACUGUCGCUGAAGGAUUGAUAAGAAAAUACCUGAGCACUAUCGGGAUUAAUUCCCAUUCUUGCAUGAGCUCAGUUAAUUAGUGUGGGACAGGCCUCCUAGAUGACCAGACCAAGUUGUUCAUUAUUCUGGAAAAAAAAACACACAUUUGCUGCUGAUAGGAAGGAUGCUUAGAACCCUCCCUCUCACUUUUCCUUGCCAGAUUCCUCUCAGCAUCAACUUGCAUGCAUGCAGCAGUUUUAAGGUGCUAAAAUGUCUCAAAGGACUUUGCAGAAACUAUUAUCCAAUUUGACACCAAGUUACAGAAAGAGAUAUUAGCACAGGUGAUUAUAAGCUGAAUCAAAGGGGUAGGUCGGACAGACCCAUAUUAAAAGGAGCAGUGGUUUUGGUAGGACAUUCUGGAGCUUAGAAUUCAGGGAGCAGAAAGAACUGCUACUAGUGAUGGAGCAAUCAAACUAUGAAGCUGUGGCCAAACUUAUUCUAUUUGCAGACACGAGACUGCAGAUGCUGGAAUCUGGUGCAAGAAACAAGAUGCUCGAGGAAUUCAGUGGGUCGGGCAGCUUCCAUGGAGAGGGGUGGUCAGUUUAUGUUUCAUGAGAUGUCGACUGUCCGUUUCCCUCCACGGAUGCUGCUUGACCUGCUGAGUUCCUCCAGCAGGUUGCUUGUUGCUGUUUUAUUUAAUUGAUCCAAGUAUUGUACUUUCAUUGAAACUUUCAUGUUUUUGUGGCUUCCUGCAGUCAUGGCGAUCACCUAUAUUUAGCUUGCAAUGCAAUAUCAAAUGUGGUGAAAUAGGCAUUUAGCACGCUGGCCUUCAUCAGUCCAGACAUUAGGUAUAGGAGUUGGGAUAUUAUGUUGCAGUUGUGUAAGUCGUUGGUGAGGCUGCAGGUGGAGUACUGUGUACAGUUUUGGUCACUUUGUUAUAGGAAAGACGUGGUUAAACUGGAAAGAGAGUGCAAAGAAGAUUUACAAGGAUGUUGCCAGGACUAGAGGGCCUGAGUUCCAGUGAGAGGUUGGCCAGGCUAGCUCUUUAUUCCUUGGAGUGUAAGAGAAUGUGGGGUGCUCUUAUAGAGGUUUAUAAAAUCAGGAGGGGCAUAGAUAAAGUGGACGGUAACAGUCUUUUCCCCAGGGUAGGGAAGUCCAAAACUAUGGGGCAUAGAUUUAGGGUAAGAGGAGAAAGAUUUAAAAGGGACCCGAGGGGCAACUUUUUUACACAGAGGGUGGUGAGUAUAUGGAACGAGCUGCCAGAGGAAGCGGUUGAGGCAGGUACAAUAGUAUCAUUUAAGAAGCACUUGGAUAGGUACAUGGAGGGGCGGGGUUUGGAGGGAUAUGGUCUGAAUGCAGGAACUUGGGACUAGCUGGGUGGGCACCGUGCUCAGCAUGGUCUCGUUGGUCCGGAAGGCCUGUAUCCGUGCUGUAUUGCUCUAUGACAAAAAAUCAUUUCUUAGUGUCAAAGUGUACAUACAGCCUCAGUCAGAUUGAAGACUGCCUUCUGCUCAAAGCCAUUUGAGAAAAAUGUGGGCAAAAGGAGCAUUAAUAAUGUUGGAAUUUGUCUUGGGAAAUGCUUCAAAAUUUAUCUUGUACAAACCAAAUUACGAUUCCCAGUAAAAUGUAUCUUUUAUUGAA